GCUAGUUUUACUGUUGAGUGCCGGCUUGUCUCUGUGCGCAGCAACUGCAGACUACUAUUACAAAAAAGGCAUUUGCUAGAGAUAAAGUGACUUUAAACAUCUAUCUUUUAUAGGACUGUUCUGACCAAGUGCUAAAGGAAGUGAAUGCCUUCAUUUGCAGGACACUGCACAGCUGCUAGCUUCUCCCUUUCUCUUUGAAUGUUUCCAAAGCUCCUCUCUGCUGCCUGUGGUCGAAGCCUGCUGUACAAUGCCUGCCAUGUUCCUGCUGAGGGACGAGAAGCCUUAUUUGCUCAGAUCUGUAGUCCUCCUUGCAGGCGGAUAUGCCCUUUACCGUUUGUGGAGACAUCACAGGACACCAGAAGAAAGAGAACCAUUGAGGGAAAAUGUAUAUGAGACACAGCAAGCCAUAAAUAAGUACCUCCUCUUCCACUACGGUUCGCCCCAGGUGCAGUCGCUGUACAUCACAAACACAGCUACAGAACAGAACUUCCCACAAAGGUGUGCUGAGGAAUGCAUCAAACACAUCAUCCAACAGACUGGUGGUCCCAGCAGAGCCCUGGACAUUGGCUGUGCUGUGGGAAGAGCAUCGUUUGAAUUGGCCCGGGUAUUUCAAGAAGUAGUGGGCAUUGACUUCAGCCACCCAUUUGUCAAUGCCUGCAACCAGCUGAAAGAACAAGGCCAACUCCCUUACACCGCCAUCACCGAAGGAGACUUGGGUGUCCAACACACUGCUGUGGUGCCACAGGAUAUUGAGCGAAGUCGAUGUCUUUUCAGGCAAGGGGAUGCUUGUAAUCUUCCCGAGGAUCUAGGAACCUUUGAUUGUGUCCUAGCAGGGAAUCUGAUCUGUCGCCUACCAGACCCUUUUGCAUUCUUGCACAGACUCCCAGGGCUGGUGGCCCCUGGUGGAAUCCUUGUCAUUACAUCACCCUACACCUGGCUGGAAGAGUUUACACCAAAGUCUCUCUGGCUGGGGGGAUACAAGGAUAAUACCGGCAAGGAGGUGAGAGGAUUUGAUACGCUGAAGCAGGUCGUCUCCCCACAUUUUGAGCUGCUGUCUGAGAAGAAUGAGUCCAUCCUGAUCCGGCAGACAGCACGACAACAUGAGUUGACAGUGACUCACGUGACGAUAUGGAGAAGGGGAACCUGCUAGGAGUCAGCAAUCACCUUCGUUGAUGAGAGUGAAACAUGUUUUAUUGAAGAGUAGCUAGCAUAAUUUAGAGAAGAAAUGUUGGCUAAGAAAGUUACAGUAGUUUAGACAAUAGGUGCAGGAGUAGGCCAUUUGGCCCUUCGAGCCAGCACCGCCAUUCACUGUGAUCAUGGCUGAUCAUCCACAAUCAGUACCCUGUUCCUGCCUUCUCCCCAUAUCCCUUGACUCUGCUAUCUUUAGGAGCUCUAUCUAACUCCUUCUUGAAAGAAUCCAGAGAAUUGGCCUCCACUGCCUUCUGAGGCAGAGCAUUCCACAGAUCCACAGCCCUCUGUGUGAAAAAGAUAUACCUCAACUCAGUUCUAAAUGGUCUACCCCUUAUUCUUAAACUGAACUCCCCCAACAUCGGGAGCAUGUUUCCUGCCUCUAGCAUGUCCAAUUCCUUAAUAAUCUUAUAUGCUUCAAUCAGAUCCCCUCUCAUCCUUCUAAAUUCCAGCGUAUACAAGCCCAGUCGCUCCAAUUUUUGAACACAUGACAUUCCCACCAUCCAUGGAAUUAACCCAGUGAACCUACGCUGCACUGCCUGCAUAGCAAGAAUGUCCUUCCUCAAAUUUGGAGACCAAAACUGCACACAAUACUCCAGGUGGGGUCUCACCAGGGCCUUGUACAACUGCAGAAGGACCUCUUUGCUCCUAUACUCAACUCCCCUUGUUAUGAAGGCCAACAUGCCAUUAGCUUUCUUCACUGCCUGCUGUACCUGCAUGCUUACUUUCAGUGACUGAUGAACAAGGGCACCCAGAUCUAGUUGUACUUCCCCUUUUCCUAACUUGACACCAUUCAGAUAGUAAUCUGCUUUCCUGUUCUUGCUACCAAAGUGAAUAACCUCAUAUUUAUCCACAUUAAACGGCAUCUGCCAUGCAUCUGCCCACUCACCCAACCUGUCCAAGUCACCCUGCAUUCUCAUAACAUCCUCCUUACAUUUCACACUGUCACCCAGCUUUGUGUCAUCUGCAAAUUUGCUAAUGUUAUUUUUAAUCCCUUCAUCUAAAUUAUUACAGGUGUCUCCCGCUUUUCGAACGUUCACUUUACGAAACUUCACUGUUACGAAAGACCUACAUUAGUUCCCUGUUUUCGCUAACAGAAGGUGUUUUCACUGUUACGAAAAAACAGCUGCUCCUCCCCCGGAUUCGGAACGGCAUUCUAGCCGGCAUUGCUUAAACACGUGCCUGUGAGCAGCCAUUUGCAAGAUGAGUUCUAAGGUAUCGGAAAAGCCUAAAAGAGCUUGUAAGGGUGUUACACUUAGCAUAAAACCAGACAUAAUUAAGCGUUUCGAUCAUGGUGAACAAAGCAAGGACAAAGUGAGUUUGGCUUGUGGAAGUUAACAAAGAUGAUGUUGAAGAGGUUUUGGCAUCCCAUGACCAAGAACUGAUAGAUGAAGAGCUGAUGCAAUUGGAAGAGGAAAGGAUAACAAUUGAAACCAAAUGCAGUAGCGAAUGGACCAAAAGUGAAGUCGUCCAGGAACUGAACAUGAUUGCAGCCUUGUGAGAUUUUCGCUGCAAUGAUAAAGUACGACUUUAAUUUUGAAAGGGUACGUCAGUUUACGGCAUAUAUGCAAGAUGGUUUGAGUGCUUACAAAGAACUAUAUGAUCCAAAGAACUGUAUGAUCUAAAAAUGUGCAAGGCUAAGCAGUCAAGCAAGCCUUCCACAUCAGCCACAGCAGACAAUGAACCUCGACCUUCGACAUCGAGGCAGGCAGACAUAGAAGAAGAUGACCUGCCUGCCGUCAUGGAAACAGACGUCACCCCAGUGUUCCACCACCCCAAACCCCGGACCACGGACAGAUACCGAUUCGUGGAGAAUGCAGCGGUAGCCGGGACGCACCCAGCACAUCUUUAAGAAAAAAGCCGAAACAAAAAAGCUAAUUAAUUAGGUGCCGCCCGGCACGUAAAUGUCGACCCAGAUCAGAGACGAUUGCCAAUUGUAUCGCCUCAAUUGUUACUGUUAUUUUAGGUUUUAUGUGUUAUUUGGAAUGAUUUGAUAGGUUAUUUUUGGGUCUGCGAAUGCUCACAAAUUUUUCCAUUAUAAAUUAACGGUAAUUGCUUCUUCGCUUUACGACAUUCUGGCUUACAAACCGUUUCAUAGGAAUGCUCCAUCUUCAGAUGGCGGGGGAAACCUGUAAUGUAUACUGUAAAUAGCUGCGGUCCCAGCACCGAGCCUUGCAGUACCCCACUAGUCACUGCCUGCCAUUCUGAAAAGGACCCGUUAAUCCCUACUCUUUGUUUCCUGUCUGCAAACCAAUUUUCUAUCCAUGUCAGUACCCGACCCCCAAUACCAUGUGCUCUAAUUGUGCCCACUAAAACCUCCUAUGUGGGACCUUAUCAAAGGCUUUCUGAAAGUUUAGAAUAGUGAAACAGGAGAAUUCAGUCACAUCAAGGCCAGUUCUAAGGACAGCAAAUGUUGAACAAAAGAUUCAGGUUCCAUCACAAGACAACAUUCCUGUUGACUCUCUCCACUAAUUCGCAUCAACAUUUUAACAGUACCUUACAUUCCCUACAAGGGAGUCUGAGAUGAAGUAACAUACCUGGAGUAAUACCAUCAAUUUACCUGAGCAAACUUGACCCCUACCUGGUUAAUAGCUUGGUUCAGAUGCAGUUGUACAGAGCAGAGAUAAACUUGUUUUUUACAGAACAAUAUGGCACAGAAACAGGCCCUUCAGCCCACGGUGGCUGUUCUGACCAUGAUUUCAACUUAAACUAAUCCCAUCUGCCUAUAGAUGAACUAAAUCCCUCCACCUUUACCUGGUCACAUACCUCUCAAAAUGACUAAAUAUUACUACCACAUCUGCUUCUAUCAUCUCCCUGGCCGCAAGUUCUAAGCACCUAUCACUCUCUGAGUAAGAACUUGUUUCACAAACUUGCCUGUUGUUUGAAUGAUAGCACUAUAUUCUAGAAAUUGCUAACCCUACGGAUUUAAUUAGCAGAACAGUACAGCACUGUACAGGCCAUUUGGCCCACAAUGUUGUGCUGAUGUUUUAUCUACUGAAGCAUCAAUCCAACCCACAUAGACCUCCAUUUUUCUUUGAUUCAUGUACCUGUCUAAGAGUCUCUGAGAUGUGCCUGCCUUUACCAUUACACUUUGGCAGUGCAUUCCACGUAUCUAUCACUGUGUAAAAUAAAAACUACCUUUGACAAUCUCUUAUACUGUACUUUCCUCUAAUCACCUUAAAAUUAUGCUACCUUGUAUUAGCCAUUUCCACCACGGCUGCCCACUCUAUCUAUGCGUCUUAUCAUCUUGUACACCUCUAUAAAGUCACCUUUCAUUCUCCUUCACUCCAAAGAGAAAAGCCCUAGCUAGUCAAUCUAUCCUCAUAAGACACGUUCUCCAUUCCAGGAAGCAUCGUAGUAAAUCUCCUCUUUACCCUCUAUAAAUCUUUCAUAUGCUUCCUGGAUUGAGGAGACCAGAACUGAAGACAAUAUUUCAAGUGUGGUCCAACCAGAGUUUAUAGAGCUGCAACAUUAUCUUGUGGCUCUUGAACUCAGUCUCCAGACUAAUGAAGGUCAACACACCAUAUGCCUUCUUUACUACCCUAUUAACUGCAUGUUAACUUUGAGGGAUCCAUGGAUAUAGACCCCAAGAUGCCUUCAAGUUCGACCCUCCAAAGUGUAUCACUUCAUACUUUUCAGGAUUGAACUCUAUCUGCCAUUAUACAGCCCAGUUCAGCUUCCCAUAGUAACCUAGGUCAACUUUCUACACUAUCCACAACACCAGCGACAUUUGUGUCAUCUGCAAAUUACUAAAUGACCCUUCCACUUCCUCAUCCAAGACAUUAUAAAAAAGACAGAUUCUUGGACUCUGAGAAUCACCACUGGAAACAAGGCACAUUCAGUACAAAACAGGGAUUGAAUCAGUAAACAGUUUACUAAACCUUUCCUUCAAAAUAACUAUUAAACUUUUAAAUGUAAAAUAAAGACUAGCCUGUUUGAGAUUCAAUAUCAAUAAUAUUCUCCAACAAUGAUACUGCAUGGUGUAGGGUAGAUGAGACUACAAUGGGGCAUUGGGUGAGAGGAGGGCUUUUCUGUAACAAACUGAUUUCAGAUGCAGAGCAGCAAUCAAACAAGCAGGAAGAAUACACAACGUAAAACACAGAAUAUAACUCAGAGGAGGUAAUGAUCAAACAUUGAUGGAGUAGAGUACUGAACAGAAUGCAAGAUGAACGUUUUUCCUGCUUCUGGUUGCCAAGAAGCAAGAAAGUUAUUCAAGUCAUGGAGCCAGUAUUGUCUGCUCCUUCAGAGGUGGUGGUGAGACCUUUUCGUGAACCACUGCUCAUGUAUAAUAAAACUGCUCUCUUCCCCAUCACCCACCCCAGCAAUUCUGAAUCAUAAAACUGUGAAACUCCCCACUGCACGACUUCGUGAUUCAUGGGAUCCUUCUGCUGCCUACUAUUCAUUUCACAGUGCAGAUCCAAGUGCUUAAUCAUGUAGAAAUGAACUCUUUCAAUAAAGGAGAGACAUUUUUAAGUUAAAUAAAUAUUUCAAACAAAUCUCUAACGGUUACCAUGAAUAGUCAAAAGUGAGCUAAAAUAACAAGAAUCAAAUUACAAGAUUGAAAACAUCUACACUCAGUCAAGAUCUCGGAAUCAUUUUCCUCACAUGUGGAUCUUUUAACUCAGAAUUGGAAAGAUAUUAAUUGGGAUCUGCUUGUUUGUAAUGUUUGUGAGAGAGCUUGUCACAGUAAAACAAUUAACCAGGGUAAACCCGCAAUAUGAAUUAAACCGGCUGCAAAUAAAAUUCAGCAGAAACCUCAGGCCGAGGAGCAGUCCCAGUGACAACGCAGGUUUUGAGAGAUAAUGAAUCAAAAUUAAAGAAUUGAUACAAUACACAUGUUUCGUGGAAAUGGGAAGAUUGUUAGAAGAGCCAAUUGGAAGUAUUAGAUAUUAUAGAAACAGAUUGCAUUGAGUAGUGGAAGACUCUUAAAUCUGAGGACAAUUUAAACAAUCCAAAGCAACACACACACACAAAAGGCUGGAGGAACUCAGCAGGUCAGACAGUAUCUAGGAAAAUGAAUAACUGGUCCCGAGAUCUCUCUCCUGCCUACUAUUAAUUUCUCAGUGCACACCCAAGUGCUUAAUCAUGUAAAAGCAAACUCCUUCAAUAAAGGAGAGAUAUUUUAAGUCAUUUCUUAAAAAAAACAUCGAUUUUUGGCACCUUGGAAAGCAUAUAAUGAGCUGGAACGACCACUGUGCAGAAUUAAUAGAAAACAUCAGGGUUAUAGUGUUAAACAAUGAGGACGGGUCAAAUAAACAGCUUAUAUUCCAUGAGUUCAGAAGAUUGAGGCAUGGCCUCAUUGAGGAAUUUAAAAUAAUUUUAAAUUCCACUAAAUUUAUUUACAAUUGUAUUGUAAAUACCACUAAAAUUAUUCCUUUUGUGGGACAAUUCGGAAUGCAGGUUUUCCUGACAAAAGGUUGUAAAAAUGGUUUCGGCAUGGACUGCAUGGGCUGUACUUUCAAUAAUGCUAUGACUACAAACCUAGAAUAUUCACUCUCAGAAACCUUCCUUCACCUCUAUACACAGCCUGUACCAGGUCCUCAACACCCAGUGGAGGCUUCGAUUCCAUUAAAAGCUAUAUCUUGUCAUUCAAAUGUUUUCAGUUUCAUUAUCAGUUAUAUCAUAUGAAAACCUCUGUUUUUGUGUGAAUAUUUCAGUGCCAAUUUCGCCCAAAUCGUAUUCUGCUCAAAAAUUCUGGCAACAGCUUAAUCCCAUGAAACCACAAGCUGAAGUACAAAUAUACCAGAUAAAAUAUUACAGUUAGUAUGAAAUAUUCUACAAUAUAUAAUCACAUACAAUACUAGACAAGAGAAAAUCUGCAGAUGCUGGAAAUCUGAGCAACGCACACAAAAUGCUGGAGGAACUCAGUAGGCCAGGCAGCAUCUAUAGAAAAAAAGUACAGUUGACAUUUCCAGAAACAUCGACUGUACUUUUUUUCCAUAGAUUCCUCUAGCAGUUUGUGUGUGUUGCACAUACAAUUAUAGCAUGGGAUUAAAGUGUAUUGAUAUCUCAGUCCACAAGUGAGUGUAAUAGCUACAAUAGAGCCAUUUGAAGAAGAGCACGGAGUUCUUGUAGCAUUUCAACCAAUAUUUAUUCCACAAUCAACAACAGUAAUAGAAAGAUUAAUCAGUCUUUCAACUUGUUACUGUUUGCAAUGUACAGAUUGGAUGUCGAUUUCCUCAAUUUAACAACAAUGAACUACACUUCAGAAAUACUUAGCAUGCUGUAAAGAACUGAAAUGUCUGUUGA